AAAAAGCCUACUUGAAACAGAAAACGAAGCAACGGAUUAGUAUGUUAAACUGAUAAAUAACCGCCUCAAAAUCUGAUGCGUUCUGAGUAUAUUAAUGGGUGCACUGAUAUAAUGAGUUAAUGUGGUGCACUUAUCAUCAAUAACAGCACGAUACAUUAGAGCAUAAUGCCUUUGCCAACUUCUUGUGCUGUGGAGAUCGAUAGCCAGAGAGGCAUUUACAAAGUUGAUGACCAAAUAUGGGACGUUGGACGGAAUUACAAACUAGUCCAGAUUAUUGGGUCUGGGGUUUAUGGAAUCGUCUGCAAAGGCCUCAUCAAGGCAACAAUGCAAACCGUUGCCGUAAAGAGGAUGGACGAUGUUUUAUCACAUCAUGAGCUGGCAAAGAGAGUUUUGCGAGAAGUUUGUAUUAUGCGUCGAUUAUCUCACAAUAACAUAUUGUCUUUGGUGGACAUUUUUAUUGGAGUAUCAAAACAAUCAAAUAAAAAAGUUGGAACAGAUGUCUAUAUUGUGACUGAAUAUGCUGAUAAAGGUAAUUUGCUUAAUUUCAUGAACCAAUUACAUUCUGAUUACACCAGAAUUAUUAUGCAGCAAAUUCUUGAGGGAGUCAACUUUAUGCAUUCAUCUGGUGUAUGGCAUAGGGAUCUCAAGCCUGAAAAUGUUUUAUUGUUUUCCCCAGUGAUAGCUAAAAUUUGUGACUUUAACCUUUCACGUUCUGUUGAGGAGGGUUCAGAGGCUAUGCUUGAUCAAAAUAGGGCUGCACAAAGAAGACAAAAUCCAAGAUCACGAAGACGUUAUACAUCAUUGGUUGUUACACGAAAUUAUCGAGCUCCAGAGGUUAUAAUGUCACAUGGAGAUUAUACUUCAGCAAUUGAUAUAUGGUCACUGGGCUGCAUAUUUUGGGAACUUUUAAGUGUAACAUCACGACAAGGAAAGGCUUCUAAUUAUCCUACCGAUUGUUUGUUUCAUCCAAAAUUGGAAGAGUAUGAUACGCCAAAAGAUAAUGAAUAUUUCCUUAAAGACGGUGAUAAAUACCGGUUUCAAUUGUUAAAUGAAAUAUUUAAUGUUAUUGGAACACCAUGUUGGAAGGAUAUAGAAAGCAUACCAAGUCACAAAUGGAGAAAAUACUUGAAAUCUUUGCCUGGCAAGGUUGGAAAACUAAAUGAGACUCUAGGUAACAUUGACAAGGAGGCACUUGACUUAUUGUCUCGAAUGUUGUGCUUUGAUCCUACUCGUCGCUGCACUGCAAAAGAGGCUCUCAACCAUCAAUAUUUUAAAAAUAUGAGCACUAUUGAAAUGGUUAGAGCAAAUCUAUCAACAAAAUUAGCAAAGGAAAUAUCUCUACAUAAAAUUGAACAUCCAGCACUUGCCCUUCGAAAACUCGAGGAUGUGAUUAAAAAACAUAACGAUGGCACUCAUGGACAAGACAUUAAAAAAAUAUCUUUAUUAUUGGAAAAUGAAGUUAAAGAACAACAUAAAACCACUUUGGUCCCAAGAAAUAUCUAUGGAGGACGAAUUAAAACUCAAGUUGGAUUGAUUCCAAAGGUUAAACGUAUAAAGAAUUAAGCUUAUUUGAGAUAUUUCCCCAUGAAAAUAUGUCAUGGGGUGUUCAUUGUGGCUUUGAUUAUAAUUAAAAAGAUACUCUAAUUAUAUAAUACAUGAUGUUAGUUAAUAGGGGACAAAGCCAUGUUUGUUACUAAAGAUGCUAAUUGUAAUUUGUGAUGUGAAAAAAUGCAUUUAUUAAUAGAGAUCUCAAUUUUGAUGUGAAAAA